AUGCUGCCAGCGUCCCUGAAGAGGGAAGACACGCGGAAACAGGUAAAAACCAUUUUGCUUUUAUUUUGCAUUCAACAAGCAAGUUAUUAUGGAACAGCAGUUAUGGGCCAGGCAUACCUCCCAGAGCUGGGAACACAGCGGGGACCUCCCUGGCUCUCUCUUACCGGUGUUACAAUAGGUUGUAGACAGACCCCUGUCUUGAGCAUCCUCCUUGCCAGGCCUGUUGAGUCUUCUGAGAGUACGGUAGGUUAUUGGAUGCCCAGGAGGGAAGAAGGAGCCAGGGAGGUCGGCCCCAAGGUUCUGCAAGGCCCUCAACAGGCCUGGACUGAGGAGGUCAGGACAGCAUGGCCCUGUCCUGAGCCUCUGUGCAUAAUAACUGCUGUCCCUAACCUCCACCCCACCCUCAGCCUUCCAAUUCCCGGGCCUGGGGCCCUACUCCUGUGCUCCAGAGACUCCUGGAGCUCCUUGAGGCAGCACCCAGCCCUGCUCUGGAGGCACCCAUCUCCCACUCAUGCUGGGAUGCUCCAGCCUGUCCCAGAGCAGGGUGUGGCUGGAGGGUGCUGGCAGAGAAGGGACAAUGGCCCGGCUCCUGGAGGCAAGUGUUGGCUGCAGGGAACAGAGUCUAGUCCUUGCCACAGCCCUUGUUACCCCUUAGGUAACCUUAGGGGGAUUUCAAAGAACACUGGCUCUGCAACCCUGCUAAGUUUUUUAUGGAACAUGUAA